GCGAUGAAGAGAGGAAGGAACAUUGGUACACAGCCCUGAAGUCCCACCCCUGCUGAACAUACCAUCAGAUCAUCCUUUCCUCUCAUUCCUCAAUAGCUUGUUAGAGUUAUUUCACAUGACUAGCAAUGUAAAUGAGGUUUAACUUUGUUUUCAAAACCCUUGGAUGAAGAAAGGCCCUAAUUUACCACGUCUGGUUUGAAUCAAUCACUUCGCGCAACCAGUUAGCUAUUAGCCUGAUAGCUAAGCCCUGAUUAACUCUGUGUAAUUGCCAUACACGAGAAGCUGUUGGAAUCAAGUUAGUGUCUCUCAACCGCAACAACUAACAAAAAACGGCUUGGGUUCAGCUGCCAGGGUGGUGAAUAAUCACUGUAAUUGACAGGAAGAAGGAUAAAAAUGCCUCUUGGGUUGGGUAGAAGAAAGAAGGCAUCUCCACUAGUGGAGAACGAGGAAGCUGAGCCGAUUCGAGCGGGCCUUAACGUUCCAGGAAUGGACGACCUGGAUGGAGGCGGCCUAGGUCUUAGAGAUAGUGCCACACAGGAGGGCCUGCCACCCCCACCCACCAACCUGAGACCACGUCUGAUCUUCCAUACCCAGCUGGCACACGGUAGCCCGACAGGACGCAUCGAGGGCUUCAGCAAUGUGCGAGAGCUCUAUGCCAAGAUCGGAGAGGCCUUUGGCAUCCCACCCCCAGAGGUGAUGUUCUGUACAUUGAACACUCACAAGGUGGACAUGGACAAGUUACUGGGAGGUCAGAUUGGGUUGGAGGACUUCAUUUUUGCCCAUAUUAAAGGACAAAGGAAGGAGGUGGAGGUGUUCAAGGGGGAGGAUGCCCUUGGGUUGACCAUCACUGAUAAUGGAGCUGGCUAUGCCUUCAUCAAGAGAAUAAGAGAUGGCAGCAUUGUCCAUCAGAUUCAGGUCAUCAACGUGGGAGACAUGAUUGAGUCUAUCAAUGGUCACAGUCUCAUUGGUUGUCGACACUACGAGGUGGCAAAGAUGCUCAAGGAGCUGCCCAAAGGGAAGAACUUUGUUCUCAAGAUGGUGGAGCCCUUGAAAGCCUUCGACAUGAUCAGCCAGAGGUCAGGAGGGGCCAGGGCUGGCUCAGGGACCCAGCUGGGGACAGGGAGGGGCACCCUGCGUCUCCGUUCCAAAGGCCCCGCCACUGUGGAGGAUCUGCCCUCUGCAUUCGAGGAGAAGGCCAUAGAGAAAGUGGAUGACCUCCUGGAAUGCUACAUGGGAAUUAGAGACAGUGAGCUAGCCGCUACAAUGGUGGAGCUGGGGAAGGACAAGAAGAACCCAGAUGAGUUUGCUGAGGCCUUGGAUGAGACCCUCGGAGACUUUGCCUUCCCAGAUGAGUUUGUGUUUGAUGUCUGGGGCGCCAUCGGCGACGCCAAGGUGGGCCGACUGUAACCACAGCAACCAGUGGCACCGGGAGAAACAAAUUGUGUGUGUGUGUGUGUGUGUGUGUCUGCCUGUGUGUGUGUGUGUGUGUGCGUGCAUGUGUAGUUACAAACGCUGUGGCACCAACCCACAACAAACAGCACUACUAGGAAACACUACUAGUAUUACAUGGAGUCACCGUCAUAUGAUUUACUGUUCCACUACUUCCGACCUUUACAUGGAGAUGAGGAAAGAGGACCCUGUGAUCAGUAGCUCUGUGACCCCACCUGUAUUCACAAUAUUUGGCUGAAAAGGCUCUCGUCAGGCCUUGGCGUAGACUGUUGAAUGCAAAACGUGGAGGUGGUUGCGUUCAGACUGCAAGUGCUAUUCUUUGUCUUCCGGGCCUUGUGGUUGCGCUGACACGUGGCCGCGACCACUGGACAUGUUAAAUGUCCUCGUUCCUCUGAAGACCCAACCAGAGCACAACCAGAGGGAGUAACGAGGGACCCGGGCGUACAUUCAUCUACCUUUUGAUGUUUGACUUAAAACAAACUGUGAUUCUUUGUUAUUUUUACUUUGCACUGCAAUGUGGAAAAGAGCACUACUUCUCUGGGCCGCCCCUUAUUCUCUGUGUAACACUGGUGCAAAGCACUAGACUGCAGUCAGUGUGUACUGUGCUGUAUUUGCAUUGAGGUGUAUUAAGACAAAAUACUCCAGGCCCUGUACGGUGUUGUUACCUUAAAGCCAGGAGGUAUUCCCCACCAUCAGACCUGACCACUCACAGCCUUUACUCAGGACCAGGCCUUUGGUCUGGUCACAUGGUCAGGAAAACCCAUGGCCCUUGUUGAGUCUUAUUGGCAUGUGGUGUACUUUUUUUUUAAAUUAUCUGUGACUUAUUUUGUUUUUACGUACCGUUGGGAGUGUCACUAGUGACAGUGUUUUGGCUACUGAAGGUUUACAUAUGUAUAGUAGGCUAUCACUACAGAAUUUGCUCCGAUUUCUUUUUUUAAUGUGGUGCACAAACUACAAACUUGUGCAGUUAAUGUUCUUUACAAAGAAGCUGCACUUUCUAUACAUCCCAGUCAGGUCACAUUGUCUGACUGUAACACCUAAAUGGUCCCCUUCUUUACCAGAUGUCAGGGAAUCUCCAGUGUUAAAUAAAAGCAGUGUUAUGUUCCAGUAUAGAAGCCUACCCCAGAUUUUAGGGUAGGGCAACAUUUACUGUUUAUUAAUUGGUGGACUGUGCAAGUCUUGACUUUUUUUGAAUACCUUUUUGUAGGAUUUUUUUUUUUAAGCA